ACCAGUGAGAAUUAAAGGUAAUGCACGACACAAUACACCUCAUGGAAAAUUCCCCGUCACAUUACCGACGCCCUGUGUCAGCACCUUGGAGGCUGGGCGGCGGUGGGCGCGGGCAGCCGGGGAAAGGAAGAUCGCCGGCGACUGGGAAGUGCGGUUGUGUGUCAAGUGUGUGUGCCUGUGAACUGUGCUGCGGGAACUUAGUGACUCUGUGUACUCAGUAAUGAUGGGCGAACCGAGUACUUUCUGCAAACCGAGUAUUUCGGUAUUGAUUACACUGUGAAACCGAGUCCUCCAUGGGUCAUGUCGUCAUUGUGAUGGCUGUUUGUUAUUUUUCCACGUGGAUUGAGGCUCGCCCUUUAAAAUUGAAGGAAGCUGUAGAAGUGUCUCGGUUCCUGUACAUUAUCUGUCGUCAUGGAUGUGUUGCCAUACAGAUCAAUGACCAGAGAGUUUGUGAACUCAGCCUCAGCAGACCUUCACAAGCUCACAGGAACAACGCAAAAAAUCACAUCUGCAUAUCAAAUCUACAGUCCAGGCCUCCACAAAAUUUUCACCAUUCAAGAUGCUAUUUGGCUGAGAACCUGUUCUUUUCAUCAAUGUGGACCAUGAGUUCGCAGACUGCACCUCCAAUCCUGACGAUCCUGAGUUUGAGAAGACUGACUUCCAUGCUACACUCUCAAAGCUCGAGAUAUUACAGAAUGUUGUCUUCAAGAAAACUGAUGCCAACAUCAAACACGCUCAGGCAAACCGCAAGCUGAUUUUGCAGAGAGGACACAAACAAAGGAAUUUCAAUGUGGGCGACAAGGUGCUGCAUUACAACCUCCGCAGAGCCGAAAGAAAAGGAGGCAAGCAAACCGAUCCAUGGGAUGGUCCCUACAAGGUGGUUCAAGUUUGCGAGAAAGGGGUUAUACUGUCUCAUUAAUGAUUCCAUCAAAGUCACCCUCAAGACAAAAGAGAAAGGAUGCAACCUGAAGCCAUUCUUUGAAUGCAAUCCUAUAGCUUUACUACCGACUCCCUCAGUCACGUCAUCGCCGCCAUCUCCAAGUGUCCAAAUUGUUGGGGUUCAGCAAAAAGGAGAUUACUUUAUAAGUUUUCUCUAUUGACUGUUGCAACACAGUGAGCAAUAUGCAACAACUCUGGUGUUCAAGAAAAAAUCAGGUCCAUCCAGAAAAAAAUAAAAAUAAUAAUAAAUUAAUUAAUUAAUUAAAAAACACUAGUGAACCUCUUGCUGUUAGAGAAAUUGAAGAUGACAGAAAUUGUCUUUUUUGUGCAUUGUCGUACACCAUCACAGGAGAAGAGGACCACCACGACAUAGUCAGAAGCUUGAUAUGUGAUUUCAUUGCCAGCACUGAAAACAUCAUAGUUGACUCAGUGCGUCAGAAUAAAGUGUGGAGAACAACAACUGAGAUAUUCGCAGCAGCCAACAUGUUUCAUGUGAAUGAUUGUGUAUGGGCAAAGUUUGGUUCUAUGUACACAUGGCAUAUACAUAGGGCAAAAUGCAGAGAAGUAGUAAAUGAGUCAGUGUACCUUGACAAUAAAUCAGGCAACCAUUUUAACAUAGUUCUUAGUGUGUAAUGUGCACAUGAUGAGUGAUAAGCUUCUGGAUGGGAAAAAACAUGAAUAAAUCUUUUUCAUCUAAUAAUAGGAGUCAUUUCAAUUUGAUGGGGAUUCAUCCAAAACCAGUUUCAGAUGACUGAGGAGUGCUGUCUAACUAGAUUUAACUGACUGGGGAGUGCUUUAAAACUAGUUUCAAGAGACUCUGGG